GGAGAAGUAUUACGUUUCCCAUUUUGAUUCAGAAGCUCAAUUCGAGGUUUGGAAUCUAGAAAAUAGGGAGAAAGGAGCAGGAAAGAGGAGAAGAUAGGUGGGAAUCUGAGCUGCUGACAGCUGGUUUUUGUUCCUCCUUUCUUCACCCCUCUUUCAUUCCCUCUUUACAACAUCAUUGUGUGUAUUGGUGAGAAGCCAUAGAGUAAAAUAUCAGCUUUUUAGGCCCUUUGAUGUCUUUCAGAAUGAGUGCAGGAUGUGAUCAGAGACACCACCUGACUCUUUUUUUUUUUUUUUCCACUGGCGCCAGCUUCUCAAAUCUGAAAUCUCAAACUUCACUCUCUUCCUGUGACGUCUGGCCCACCGCAUCCGGAUCUGACUUCACAAGAUGCUGACAUACUUGCAGUUAAACCGUUUUCCUGUCGAAUUUUCAGUUCACACUUGCACGCACACGCAUGAUCUUUGUACCUGCACGAUAAAUAAUUACAGACCAUGGUAGGCUACUGUCCAAUUUGUGGAAAGCCUGUCUACUUUGGGGAGAAGAAGAGGUCCUUAGGGAGGGACUACCAUCCUCUAUGCCUGAAGUGCCAGAGGUGCAACAGACAGCUGACGGCUGGCCAGCAUGCUGAGUACGACGAGAAGCCGUACUGCACACACUGCUACAUGAAGAUUUUUGGCCCGAGAUGUACACUUUCAGGUCACACUAAGAACACACACGCACACAGUGGCACACGUAUGAUUUCUGACUCUUUCUCCCAUGUUUGGAUCGUUCCUCACAGGCAGCAGGUGAAGGAUGUCUCCACAGGAGCACGCACGUGGUCUUCAUCGCCCAAAACCAGACGGAAGCACAACCAGUAAAUAAAUACAGACAUCUAAGACGAGGCAGCUGAAAAGCCACAAAAUGCAGAGGCUUUAAUGAUUAAACAAUGACGAGCGUAAAUCUAACUCUUGUUCUCUUUAGGAAUUGAAUAUCUAUGAAUAAGGGGUGGUUACUUGAGUCUUGUCAUACUGAUUGUAAAUUUGAACGGGUUUCUUUGCCUUACAUUUUCAGAACUUUGCGACUGUAAUUUUUUUUUUUUUUUGUAUCUGCAAUGACAUUUUUGGUUUUGCAAUCACAAGUCAAUAAUGUUAUGCAAACUAUUCAUACAUCCAUAAACCUCAAUGUAUUUUAUUUGGAUUUAAUGUGAGGGACCAACACACAGUAGUACAUAACGGUAAAGAUUAAUAUAAAUUACAUGUUGUUUUUGUGUAAUUUAUAAAAAUAUAAUAAAAAUGUGAAAAUAAAAUAAAAAUGUGGAAAUAAAGUCCUAUAUGCAACAUUUUGCCUUCACAAUUAUCUGUCUCCUUAACAAUUAACAAUACAGAGCCCACUUAAUUUGAUUCAGGUGUUCUGGGAAAGCUUUGGAGGAAAACAUCAGACAGGUCAGUGAGAAAGUUGAAGAGAAUUUUAAAGUGGGGUAAAAAAAAAUGAACAAGCUUUACUAAAAGAGGAGUGUCCAAUCCAUUAUCUGCAAAGUGAAAACAAAAAAAAAGACAAGUGCAAAACUAAGACUAUACAUGUUGGGGAAGGUUUAAUUGAUUACUAAGCAUUGAUUGGAGAAGCAACCAAGAGGCCCCAUGCUAAGAAACGAAAAAGUUCAAUUUUCAGUUUGCCAGAAGAUACUCUGUUUGAAGGGGAACAAAUUUGAACUUUUGGCACUACAUGGGGAAAAAAAAGCGUGCCAAAAAGAACUGAAACUAUGCCAUCGCUACAAUGAAAGGCAUGAUUAUUCAUGUAAGGGUGCUUUUCUUCAGCAGAGAAACCGGAAACGAUGAGAAGCUAGAUGCAUAGAUGUAGGCUCAUGAGUGAGUGGGGCAGAGGUUCACCUUCCAGCAGGACGAGGACUCUAAACAUACAUCCUGAGCAACAAUAAAAAGUGGUUGCUAUCACUUGAAAUCCACAAUUUAGUCAACAACUUACUAAAGUCAACUGAGAAUCUGUGGCGAGAUUGACAUUCACUCUCCGUCCAAUCCAAAACUGGUAGAAGCACACACCCAAUUCUAAACAUCGAUGUUUGUAGUUGUAUCUUUACAAAAUG